AUGGCUGCAUUGAUCAGCGCGUACUCGUCUUGGCCGGAGAGCUUUGAGUGCUCGGCGGGAGAUGGGGAUGUGGCCGACGGACACGGCUCACACAGAACUCCCGUGGACAAGGCGUCGGAGCCGCGCAUCAGACGGCCCAUGAAUGCGUUCAUGGUCUGGGCUAAAGAUGAGAGGAAGCGCCUGGCUGCACAGAAUCCGGACCUGCACAACGCAGAGCUCAGCAAGAUGCUGGGUGAGAUGAACGUUUAUUUUUUACGGACAUAUUUUAAUAUUUAUAGAUACAAUAUUUAGGCUAUUAUCAUUAUGCUAUAUCCAGGCUCUGCCAAAAAGUUAUCCUGUGUCAAAUCACACCUAUUCCUAGCCUACAACUUUCCACGGUAGUUGAGAUGAGAAAUGAUGUAUUCAACUUUAGCCUAAAGUAUAUCAAGAAAAUAUAAUCGAUCAAAAAUAUAUAAACUUCUUAGUUUCUUGAGCAUCAUCCAUAUAUGUUAUCUCCUACAAUAAAUGAAAAAUAAACUCCUCACGAAAACUUAAAGUGGCAGUAAAUUAAUGAGUGGACGUCGCUAAUUCGAUUAAAAGGCAAUCAAUCUCAUUGCACAAAGUUCUCUUAAAUGUAGGUAGUUUAUCACGAGGCCUGUCGGUCACUUGGAUUAGUGCGUAAAUCUCAACGUGCGCCCUUGCACGUCGUUAUUGUCUGUUUUCCGUCACUCACAAUUAUAUUUCGCUCAUAAAAUACAUAAAAACAGACAAACUAUAUUAGGCAGUUAAAUGUAAAUACAUAUUUGCUAAUUUUGAUACAUUUUGAAAGCAUAGGCCUAUCCAUUCCUAUUGAACUGACGGGGAUGAACUUUUAAGGCUCAAAAUAAAGACUUACAUUUUGACUUAUUUGUUGCUUUUUCGUUAAAAUUAGGUUAACUUUCGGUAUAACAGGUAGUUCAUUAUUUCGUUAAAAUUAUUGAAUGAGUAUUAUGUUCCUCUUUGCCCCCCAAAAAAGUGUAGCCCGUAUUACAGUGUAGAUAUAGAGGAAAUGUUUUCCUCUAACGCAGUAUUCAGUUAAAAUAUUAAUUAAAGUGAAGUUUUUACAUGGACUUAAUUUGUAUUUUAUUUUUCAGGAUAAGGUAUCCUAGCCCAAAAUCCCCUUUGCUAUUAUGAUGCUAUUAUUUUCGGUUAGUGCACAACUCUUCCACCACGGAAUAUGGUGAAUAAUUUAGUUUCAACCAGAUGUAAUUAAUAAUUUGGUAUGUGUGUUAGACUAUGCAUUUUCCAACUUUAGGUUGCUGAAAGGUGUGAGACACUUUAUUGAAGUUUCCACCAACUGAGAAUAUGUGAUGUUUAGAUUUAAAAUAAAGAUGUAUUAUUUUUAAGGGAACGAGUUUUUCAGUGAGAUUUUGUGUGGAAUGAAAUCGACAAAAAUAAAUGAGGCUACCUAUUCCAUGAAAAACACAGAUACAACUCAUCAACACGAGAGAGAGAGAGUUUAACUGAUCAACAUUAGAGAGAGAGAGAGAGUUUAUACUUUAUUUAGAUAUAAAGCAUGGAAGGGAAAUUGACAAUGUUUUCCUCAAAUAUAUUUUUCUGUUCAAUUCCUCCAAAAGAAGAAAACGGACAUUUAGUAAAGACAUCUUGUGGAAAUUAGAUCUGACAUCACUAGAUGUUCAUAAAUUAUCUUCAGGAUAAUUCUCAACAGUUGAAGGUGCAUUUCAUUUCAAUGCAACAACUAUGUCAUAAUAACUCAUGAACAAAACACACCGUGCAACCAUUUUGUUUUUACAGGAGCUUUUGCUCUCUGUACGUCCUUCAAAAAGAAUAACCUCCAUUGAACAAGAAAAUAAGUGCUAUUUUGGAUGAUAAAGUCAUUUUAAAAAGGUAGAAACUCCAGCACAUUGGUGAUCUUGGAUGUUCCGCAAACAUUUUUUUUUUUAUGGAUUACAAAUUCCGUUCUAUUGAACAUUGACAAUUAGUGCUUAUUCGUUGAUGCUAAACUAAUACCAGCUCCGUGUUUUCCACACUAAUGUUUCAGUCAGCUAAUAUGUCUUUUAAAAGUUAUCCUCCAUCGAACAUACAACAACAACAACAACAACAAAAUAAGUGAAUUGGUCUUAUCAAUCAAUAAUAAUCAUUGCAGACAAUAAAUGAAUAUAAGUCCUGUUGUUUCCUCCUCCCAGGCAGGUCGUGGAAGGCCCUGACCCCCCCUCAGAAGCGUCCCUACGUGGAGGAGGCCGAGAGGCUGCGGGUGCAGCACAUGCAGGACUACCCCAACUAUAAGUACCGCCCCCGUCGGAAGAAGCAGCUAAAACGUAUCUGUAAACGUGUGGACCCCGUGUUCCUACUGGGCAGCCUGGCGGGCCCCAACCGGAAUUCCCUGCCCGACCCCCGGGGCCUCUGCCUCCCCUUGGGUUUGGAUAAGGAUGGGGAUGGGGUUAUUGGCGGCGACGGAGGUGUUGGGUUCUUGACCGUCUCUUCCCCCAGCCCGGGGCCUCUACCUGGGGUUAGAUCCUUCAGAGACGUACCGUCCGGCUCCAGCUCCGGCAGCUUCGACACCUACCCCUACGGACUUCCCACCCCGCCUGAGAUGUCCCCUCUGGAUCACGCUCUAGACCACGACCACCCCUCUUACUACCCUUCCUCCUCCUCCUCUUCCUCCUCCUCCUCGUCCGUCUCCUGCCCCGAGGAAUGCCACCAGCAGCACCAACGUCAGGGUCAGACCCCCGGAGGUGGAGGUGGGGGUCACAUGUGCCUCAGUCCUUCAUCCUACCACCCUGACUACACCCAGACCCAGACUUCCGUCCGCUGUGGUGGCUCCCGCUCCCACCUGGCCCACCUCUCCCAUGUGUCCCAGGCCCAGUCCGGAGGCCUCAUCCCUGGGAAUCCUCUGUCCUACUACAGCCCAUCCUCCUGGUCCUCUCAGCUCCAGGUCCACCCGGGCUUCAAUCACCCUCACUUAGGCCACCUGUCCCCAGGUCACCAGCACCACCUUGGUCAGCUCUCCCCUCCUCCAGAGCAGAACCACAGUCAUCUGGACCAGCUGAGUCAGGUAGAGCUUCUAGGGGAGGUCGACCGUGACGAGUUCGACCAGUACCUGAACUCGACGGCGGCGGGCGCGGCAGCAGCGGGGGUGGGGAUGUUCCACUCCGAACAGGGAGGAGGGGGGAUGACGGUGACGGGUCACAUCCAGGUGACAUCGGCCUCAGCGCCGUCUUCUGAGGGCAGCGUCGUCGGGGAAACCAGCCUGAUCUCUGUGCUGGCGGACGCCACGGCAACGUACUACAACAACUACGGCAUCUCUUAG